AUGAGUAAGCGGGGGAGGAGGAGGAGCAGCAGGCGAAGGAAGAGCUCCAGCAGCAGUAAACGUGAGUGGGAGAUUUGGGCGGAGAGGUUAAUCUGCUGCUUAGCUGAGUCACAUUUCUCGCACACCUGCACUUAAGUAAACAGGCAGAGGACUUCCUCACUCCUGCAGAGGACGAAGGGGCGGACUCAGAGCUUUAUUCUGCUAAAAAUGAACUAAAGUGGAAGAAGAAAAGAACACCACAGGGGUUAAAACCUUCAGUUACAAUAUUAUUUACAUUAAAACACAACAAAAAGACCAAAGUACAGAGUUUAUAGUUCUAACAUGGGGCUCUACAGGGACACACUCACUGCAGGAGACAACCUCUAGUGGACAUGAGAGGGACUUCAGGUUGCACACUGGAAGACUAGAAGGCUUUUACUCUCACCUAAAACAAAUUUAUACAGUUUAUUUAACUCCACUUUUAAAAAUUGAGCUCAAUGACAAUACAAACUGAAUGUGAUGGUUGGUCAAUUAUUAUAAACAAAGACAACAUAUUGAAUGUUGAGACCUCAAACUGUUGCUGCACGAUGCUUCUUUUAAAUAAGAUGCAGCAACAAGUUUCUAAAGAGAAGUUUCAGGGUCAUGUUUCUCAUCCUGUGUUCUUCUCAGCUCUUCUUUUGCCAAAACUCUUUAAAACAUUAGUGAACCCAGGAGACCAGUUUCUAGACUUUGGAAAGUGAAAUGUUUCUACAUUCUUGUCUGAUAGAGGAUUUCAGUUGCUCAACAGUUCAGGGUCUCCUUUGUCCUGUUUUUUUUAAUUUUCAUGGUGCUCCAAAGAACCACGCUGUUGUAAUACUCAAAGUUUUGUGUUUUGUCCUUUCAGAGAGCGUGUCCCCGUACAUCUUUCACAAACAGAACAAGAGCAACAGCAUCGGCUACAAAGACGAUGUGGUUGAAAAAGGGGAAGUCGACGCUCUCCGAAAGGAAAAUGCUCCAUUGGGAUCUGAAGAUGAGGAGAAAUACAACAACGCCCCACCCAAGGAGAAGAGAUUCAAACAAGAUUAUGAUGUUAAUUCACUAAUGAACCAGAGAAGCAUUUAUCUGAAGACCACAGAGGACAGAGAGAAGGGACUGAAGAUCGUGACGUCUGUUUCUGUGGACGAUAUGGACGAUUCAAACCCAACAAUCACCUUUCAGCAGUCUCAUGAACCGUUAUCUGAAGAUCCAACCAAUACAUCAGCUCCCAUCACCAACAUCAUGAACAUUAACUGCUCUGGAUCCAGCGUCAAACUGGAGAUUCAGGAGUUCUUGCAGGUGAACACAUCAGGGAUGAAGACCACGUUUGUCUUCAUGAACCAGAGAGGAAAUGCUGCAGAGAUGUUCCUCAACUCCAACUCUGAGAGGAGCUGGACACCCAACAAUGAGUCGCACCAUCUGACCAAUCACAGCUCAAACUACAGCUUCACCUUUGGUAGCUCAGGUGAGCAGGCAGAGGUUCAUGAGGAACCAAACUCCAUCAGUCCAUUUCAAAUGUGGGCCAGUUCAGGCCUCAGUGAUCCCAGACUGCAGCGCUCAGAGUUCAUGUUGGAGAAUCAGCCGAGUCCUCCACCUGCCUUCAGGUCCAAACCUCAGGGCAAGAGGAAGCUCCUCCAGAAAAGCUUCAGCGCUGAGGAGUUCCGGGAUAUCCCACCCCCUAGAGAGUUUGCAGACAUUAAGCAGAACAUGAUGGAGGGACUGACCCAGGACCUGGCCUCCUGCAGGAUCACAGACAGACAGCAGAAUUUGCUUCAUCCUCCAAACACCAGCUGUGAGGACGACUAUGAAGGAUCACCUUCAUUUGAUCAGCUAUCAGAGUCUGAGAGCUUCGACCCCACCCUCACCAGACCAUCUGUGUCCACCAACAGGUCCAGCUUCACCAAAGACUUCAUCAAGCAACAGCAGAGGAAGUCCCGCAUCAGGAACAACAGCAUUGCCACCGUGGAGUACAGGAACUGUCUGAUCCCAAAGAGAAGACGCCAGACAUACCCAGGGACAUCAGAGGGUCUCAGCAUGAUCCAGGAUCAGGACCUCCUUGUUCCCUGUGGAGAGUCUUUCUCCUCUUUAUUAUUGUGCUCACUCCACCCUCAGGCCGAGGGUCCAGAAAAGAUCCACUCCAUCGAGGAUGAUUAUUCUGUUUGUGGAGGAGAAAGUCUGAGCUCUUUACAAACCAGAGGGAGCUCCAAACUGAUCUGGGAGGUCCCACACAGCCAAGACAGGACCCAGACUCUGCUCAGUCCUUUCUACGUGACCUCCUCUGAGGAGACUCCUGAUGAUUCGUUUAGCAUCAGCAAUGAAUGCCGGAGGCGAGGCAGGGCCAAGUGCAACCUGAAGAACCUCAAACAGGAGUUCAGACGGAGCAUCAGUAAGGAUGCAGACAGUGUGGACGAGGCAGACAGCGUACACAGGGUAGACCAAAACGAGGUCGCAGACAGCGGGUUUGACCAGGAGAUGGGGGAUGUGGAGUAUCACAGUCCAGAGCCGCUCACAGAAGAGGAGGAGGAGCUGAGCAGGAGGUCCCUGAUGAUCCAGGUCAUUCCCCCGUCCUGCAGCGGCUCAGAGGAGCAGAUCCUGCAGAGCAACCCUGCAGACUUCUUCCACUGUCAGGUCAGAGAUCCAAACCACAAGGACUCGCUUCCUGCUUCACCCUCACAUAGGAGGUCUUCUGACUGGACAGUAGCACCAGGUGUCCUCCAGCAGAGACUCCUGCAGGUGGACUCCAGACUGUCCCCGGACAGCUGUCUGGACAAACAUCAGAGAAGUCCUGUUGAAGACUGCUGCAUGGACUCGCUGAACAUUGAUAAGGCCAGAGAGGAGACGGAUCCCGGGACAGCAGGAGACAGCAGUCAGAUGAUAGAAGAGACAGACCCAAGACCUGAAGAGUCUGCAUCUAGACCUGCAGAGUCUGCAUCUAGACCUACAGAGUCCAGAGAGCUCAGCCAGACCUGUCGGACGAACAAACAGAUCGUCUCCAGAUGUAGGUCGCAGAGAGGAUUUUAAAUUAACACCAAGACUUCAGGUGAAUUUUUGUUUAAACUAACCGACUUUAUCCUGACCCACAGCAUCCCUGGAAACCAAAGAGCAUCUGAAACUUGCAGUCCACAAAGAGACGGACUGUUCUGGAUCUGAUCACUGGGCCAAGAGGAGGAAACUCUUCAGAGAGAGUAAACAGUGGAGCUCUGCAGCGGGAAGCUCCAUCACCAGCGACGUCACAGAGGAGUCAGGUCAGGAUCGCAGAUUUUAGCUCGAUAUAUGGAGAAACUUAGUGUCUACUCAUCUUCCUCAUAGAACCAGAAAUCAGUGAUGGUGUUUGGUUGUAUCUCAAAUGGAGAUCUCUUCUGUCAGUUGGAGAACAGCUGAAUGAUGUACUCAUGUUCACUCUGCUUUCUCUCUUAGUCUCAGAGGAUAACCGCUCAAUGGACACCUUAGCUGGAGACAGUGAGGACAGAGGCUUUUACACAGAGACAUUUCACUCCUCAGCCUGGAUGUACCAAGAAGAUGAUGUCCCAUCUGGAGCCAUCCCUCCCAGUCUGAACACCAGGGCCAGAGCUGUGUCCAGUAAGAGCCUGAACCUGACUUGAUUGAUGCUAAAUUCAUACUGUCCCCUGAAUUAUCUUUGUUCCAUGACUAAAAUAUUUCUCGCCUCCUCAGUUCGAGAGAGGACAGUGAGGAUCAGUAAAGGGAUGGGGGAGUACCCGUGGGGCUUCAGGAUCCAGUUCUCCAAACCCAUCAUGGUGACUGAGGUCGACACAAGUAAGUAAACUCCUGACCAGACAGGGGACCCAAGAGGCUCUCUCAGACCUCCAGAGCUCUGUCCUUCCCUUUGUUCCUGUUUUUUCAUCAUCUCUGACUAGAAACACAGUCUCUGUUUAUUUCCCCCUCAUGUCACACUUAUGUUGUGUUCACACCACAUUAUUGAUGUGCUUAAUUUGCGAGUAUUUUAUGCCUUAAUAUUUCAUGUUUAAUCACUUGACUUGUGUGAAUAACGUAUCUAAUUGUGUGUCAUAUCACAUCUUGUCCUAACAAACAAAUCAAUGCCAGAGAGGAGGGGCUUCCUUCAGGCCAAUACAGUCUAUUUCCAUCAAACACAGCUGAGGUUUAGGGCAUUAUGAGGAUUUGUUACCAGAUAAUCCGACCUCCUCACUCACUUUCCUCACAGCAAGCUCUUUUUUAUUCCUCUUUCCAUAGAAACAACAAGUCAUAUCAUAUAGCUCAGGGUAGCUGCACAUCAUCACUAUCAGUUUGAAACAUGAAACAUCAAAUGAUCUGACCAGAGAAAUUCAGCAACUGAUUGGGAUCAAAAUAAUCAACCUAUAACAGCCAAAAUGAACUAUAACUCAAAGUGUGAGUGUAGGAAUACAGCAUAGCAUCUCUGUCCGCUAAAGGUGAUAUUUGUUCGUGUUUGUGUGUUUCAGACGGAGCAGCAGAGGAGGCCGGCCUGAUCGUUGGGGACUAUGUCCAUGCUGUUAAUGGAACUGACGUGACCAGUAUCCCUCACUCUGAGGCCGCUGACCUGGCCAGACAAGGUACGCUGUAAACAGGCAGGAUACCUGGAGGAAAUUUAGACAAAGUAGCCCACAAGCAGUGGUGUACCUGGGCUGUUUGAGGGGUAGGGGGCUAACAAAGGCCACCUACUGUAUGCCAUGGGAGAGUGGAACAAAUAGUUAUGAUCAAUGAAAAUCUGUCUCUGUAGCUGUACAUUUUUCUGUGUCUCCUUGGCAUCCAGUAAUCAUAAGGUAGAUGCGACAGAAGUGGAGGGCUUUCAUUUUGACAACCCUGUGCAGUGGGUCUCCUGGAGUUACAGAAACUGUGUAGCUUUUGAGUAGUGAACAGGGGAAGGACAUGCAACAAGUGUUGGAUCUGGCAAUCAAAACAAGAAACCACUGCGAUGAAUAAUGUAGCCUCUAUACAGUACAUGGUGGGUUUAAACUGCAAAGCCAACCCAUAUUUUUACACAUUAUAUUCUGUAGGGCAUCCAGAUGACACUUAUUCAUGUUUUAUCAACAGUAGUUUAUGUUUUUAUGCUGGAAGGGGAUCUAGAUCACAGUUUUUAUAUUUCGUCCAAUAGACAUUCAAAGGCCACUUAAUUCAGGUUUUUUUCGGACUGGAGAGGCAUCUGAGGAACAACAUCUUCUUACAUGUUAUCAUCUUAGAUUGCAUUUCUGUGCAAUAGUUGUUCAGACAUGAAAGAACCAGGAGGAGUAAUCCCACCCUCCCAGUGCACCACUGCCCACAAACUAAAGAGUAGAGGACUGACUGUGUGUUAGUUCUGGGACACACAGAUUUCUGAUUCAUUUAUAUUUAAUGUUGUCUAUGUUGUAGGUCCAGAUAUCCUGACAUUGACUGUUGGAUCAGACAUUGCUCGCUGUCCAAACACCCCCCGCCCAGGCUGUCGAGGUUACCUUCACAAGCGCACCCAGUCAGGUCUGAUUAAAGGCUGGAGAAAGAGGUGGUUCGUCCUCACACAUGACUGCUGCCUUUACUACUACAGACACAAACGGGUGAGCAGCCAGCACCACCAUACACUCACAGAUACAAACUAAACAAGAACCGUCCCUUUGACAUCACUUCCUGUUGGUUUCAGGAUGAGGGGAAGAGACGGGCUCUGUCGGCGGUGAAGAUGGAGGGGGCUGAGGUGGGACUGGAUGUUUCUCUGGGGAAACCGUUUGUGUUCAAGUGUCGACCUCAGGCUGGAAACAGAGUUUACUUCUUCUGUGCAACUUCCAACCAGGAGAUGAAGAGGUACACCACACACAGAAAGAGAGAAUAUAACCAUGGUUGACUUUUUUAUGAGCAUGAAGAGGGAAGUAGGAAUGCUGAAAAAGUACUCAAGGUGUUUCUUUGUGAUUUCAGGUGGUUGGAUGCCAUGGAGAAAGCUGUUCAUCCCAUCACACAGGUAGCAACCCUGACUCUCCCUCAUGAAGUUGUGGAUUGUAAUUUCGACCUGCAGCAGAUUAUACUCAAAUGUUUGCUUAGUUUUUAGGUGUCCCACUGCUUUAACACUUGUUAUAUUGACCCCUCACCCUUACCAGCACCAUGUGUGGGUGGAUGUGACCCUUCAUAACUCCAGCCUGCCCCCGCUGGCUGUGAAGAACCCUGAGUGUUUGGGACUUCUUCAUAAGAUGGACAGAAGCAGGGACAUGUGGGUGCAGCAUUACUGCAUCCUGAAGGACGGCUGUCUGUUUCUGUACAGUGGGAUCAGAGCCACACAUGCUCGAGGUAAACACAGACACUGUUUCAGAAAACACAAUUCAAACACAAACUAAAUAUACAGACUAAAAAGCUGGAGAGCUUUGAUUGAGAUCAAAAAGUUCAAGUCAAAGGUAAAAGUAAACAGUGCCUUUACAAGAGGAUAUGAGUUUUCUCCUGUGCUGAUGCAACAACAGGAAUGAUUUGCAUAAACACAGAGGCAGUCACAAUAUUCUGGUUCUGACAAUAGCAAUUUUUAAAGAAAUUAAAAUGAAUAUUGCACAAAAAUAAUCAUACAGUAAUGAUGUGAGUUCAUAUCAGUGGCCAAAUGUCAUAAAACAGAGCAUAGAUGAAGAAGAGGCAGCAGCUGUAAAUGAGUUAGCUGUAGCAUCCCUCCAAGAGAGAGUCGGACACUUUAAAAAAACAGACAUUCAAAGUUUUAUUAUGAGUCGAAAAACAACAUUAGAGUUUGAGUCUCAUAAGGUCACUGAUCACUUAAACAUCCAUACUUUUUAAGUCUUCUUUAAUUGUUUCUAUUCAGUUCAGCAACUUAUGAUCUAGAAGUAUGAAGUUUCAAAAUAUAAGCCUAAAUAAAGCAACCCAAACACAAGACAGAAAAAAAUAUCAAAGUAAGAGCAUGAGAGAUAAUCAUUUUCUGAGGUAAUGUCCUCUCCAGAUGUGAUAUUUUAUAGACAUAGUAAUUGUAAGGAGAAAAUCAGACAUAUACCACUCCUCCAGUGCUUCCUCCAACAAUAAUGUAGGUUUGCUUUGGCUUUACAGUAAGAGUUGCUCAGGUGUUUAUUGAAGAAAACAAAACAAAUGAGUAAAUGAUCAAAGGAAAGCACUUGUUUAUUUAUAUUUCUACAAUAGCAUGUAGCUCAAGUCAGUGCUAGUUUUACUGUUUUUGCUAACCCCUUCACCUCAGCCUGCUUUGACAUCAAGGACUAAACACAUAAAACUGCACAUAAAAGUGAGCUGAUCUUUCACAGUGACUGGAAGCUUCUACAAACAGUCAUCUAAUGAUUGUGCAUCAUUAUGUCUCUCUUCAGGGGGGAUCUACCUGCAGGGGUAUCAAGUUCGGGAGCAGCCAUAUGGAUCCAAGAAGUCCACUAUCGAGCUGAAGCCUCCAUCUGAUGAGUUCAAGACGUUUUACCUGUGUGCAGAAAAUCCUAACGAAAACAAACGGUGAGGAGGGGGCUCUGCAGACUGGCUCAGGAACUUCCUCUGAGUUUAAUGUUUGUUUGCACAGCUCCAGAAGUUUAACUUUACAGGUCUACAUUUACAUUUGAUUGAACAAAAAAGUCAGUCUCUCAUGAAACAACAACAUGACUAUUUUAUUUGUACAAUGUUUUCAAGAUCUAGAGCACAUACUGCGGUUGAGGCAGUCAUUUAGAGGCUGUGAGUGAUUCUGCAGCCUUAAAAGUUCAACAUUUUUACAUAUUUUUUUUUAUCAGGAUUUCAGAUAUUUUGCAGCCCCUGUAUGGCUGCCUGUGUCUGUGCAUUCAAUACUGCAGCAUACAUGAGCAGAAAGUCACAUUUAAAUUAACUCCAUCCACUACUCUCUGAAUGUCCUGUGCCCCUGGAGCUGCUGGUGUGUGAUUGAUGAGUCAAUAAGAGUCAUUACUGAACAGGUGUGUCUUCAUGUCCUGAUGUUGUCUGCAGGUGGAUCAUCGCUCUGAAAGCCUCCAUAAAGAAGUGGCUCCCUCUCCAUCAGGCGUUGCUUGACUACAUGAACCGCCUCCCAGAGGAGACUAGGAUGUAAAAACACUCUAACCCUGUGCGGACUAGAGACAGGGUCCAGCACAAAGACACCUUCUUUACUUUUGCACUUUUUAUUUUUUCAGUGACCAUCCUGUGAAUUUUACCCGCCCCCUGUAGUACCUUCCCUCGGCAGGCCUGAGGUUCAGACUGUUUGAGGUCCUUUAGUUUGUGCCAUAAGUCUGUCGGAGGAGAGUCUCCUGGAUCAGCUACAGCCAUAGUUAAAAUACUGAAGAUGUUCUCACAUCAGCUGGUUUGUUGAUUUGUCCUUUAUUAUAUCACUAUAAUUUCUAUGAAGGAUUUUUAUAAACCUGAGAGAUCAGAUCAUUCAAUUUGUGAAGUGAUCUCAAACUCAGGCCCUUUUCACUUUGUAAAUGUAAUGUCAGAAUAGAUCUCAUGAUGAUGUGAUCUCAUGAUUUUGAUAAUUUCUCUGUAUAACAGAUGAUAAUGCAUCAGUGUGUUAGUCAAAUAAAGUCUGCAUGAGGUUCCUUUUACUUUCUG